AUGGGGGGGGCCAAAUGGGCGCCGGAAGAUGCGGGGAGUGCGGCGAUCGGGCUGUGGCGCCUGCUGGCGCUCAUCCUCGCGACGGGGGCGGCGGGGAUGGAUCAGGCGGGCGUGCGCGCGGUGGAGGAUUGCGGCGCCUUGCGGGCGGCCCUGGAGUCCAACGCCACCGCGCGGGUGAACGUCAGCGGGGCGCUGGUGUGCGACGCGGCCGCCUGGGGCCCGGCCGUGGUCAUCAGGCGCAACCUGACGAUCGCGGGCGCCGCGAAGGGGGGCGUGGCGCCGUCCGUCGACUGGGCGAGCGGCGUGGGGCUGAUCGAGGCGGCGUCGGGCUCCAACGUGCUGUUCCGGGACAUGAUACUCAUGUUCCAGGGCUUUGGCGCCGUGGCCGUGGACAUCCCGUUCUACUUCCACCAGGAGGCGGGCGAGACGGUGCUGGCCGGCGUGGUCGUGGCCGCGCGCGUCUGCCCGCUGGCGAUCGACAACUACCAGGACAUCUUGACGCGGCUGGUCCGGCCGGAGAACGUGCCGGGGGAGCAGUUGGCCACCGUGCUGGACAACUCCACGCUGAUCGUGGAGGAGCUCUUCGUGCAGAGGAGCGAGGCCCUCUGGCGCAUUUGCCGCAGCGGGCUGUACUGCGGGGAUGACGCUGAGGUGAUGGCGGCCCUGCUGCGGGGGAACGCGACCGGCAGCCCCUGCGCGGAGGCCGCCGCGAGCAAGGGGAGCGGCGGGAGAUAA